AUGCCCCCUGAUGAAGCACAGGGCGAAAAUGCGCAUUCGGGGCUGAAGCAAACCAUCACAGCAGCAUUCAUCUGGCAGUCCCAGGAUUUGGUGGAUGAAAACGUGUUCAGCUGCAAGAGGUCCUUGACCAGCGUUGCCUUUGCCUUGUCUUUUCUCCAGAGGAUGGAUAUGAAGCCAUUGGUGGUGAUGGGGCUGCCCAGCACAUACUGUGCCCGACCUUCGGUUAGCGAUGCCAAGUCUUUGCUUGUCCACAACUGCCAGACUUUGGUGGAUGCCAUCCAUACCAACUCUGGUACUGCUUUGCCCUUUUUCAAUGGAGGCUCUGUGCUGACCGCUCAUGAACAAGAUGGCUGCUAUGGAACAGUCUCAGCGGUGGACAUGGAACUGCUCACCUGGUGCCUCAAUUCUGGUAACAUUCCCAUUAUUUGUCCUAUUGGGGAGACACCUUCCGGCCGUUCAGUUCUUAUGGACUCCUUGGAUGUGACCACCAGCAUCUCACGGGUCUUGAAUCCACUUAAGAUCAUCUUCCUCAAUACGGCAGGCGGACUGAAGGAUCUAAGUGAAAAUGUCGUCGGGCACGUGAAUCUUCCCGCAGACUUAGAACUGAUGAGGAAUGCCGUAUGGAUGAGCGAACGACAACGGCAGCAAGUGACGGUCAUCGUGGAUCUCCUGAACCGUCUGCCUCCUUCAUCUUCUGCAGUCAUCACAUCAGCCCGGGCUGUGCUCAGUGAGCUCUUCAGCAACAAAGGUUCUGGGACCCUCUUUAAGAACGCAGAACGAAUGUUACGGUUCGAUUCUUUUCAAGACGUAGACACCAGUCGACUUAUCUCCCUGGUGAACAGAUCUUUCCAGAAAAAGCUGAAGGAGAAUUAUAUAAGCACUGUGGCAAAGCGACUGCACUCUGUUUAUCUAUCUGAAGAGUAUAAUGCAGCUGCCAUCAUAACCACAGAACCGGUUCUGGGAGGAACCCCCUACCUGGACAAGUUCGUAGUCAGUUCUGGAAGGCAAGGGCAAGGAUCCGGUCAGAUGCUAUGGGAGUGUGUGCGACAAGACCUGCAGACUCUGUUCUGGAGAUCACGAGCCACUAAUCCGAUUAAUUCCUGGUAUUUUAAGAACAGCGACGGUAGCUUUUCAAACAAGCAGUGGAUAUUUUUCUGGUUGGGUCUGGCGGAUAUAAGAGAUUCAUACGAACUGGUGAACCAUGCAAAGAGCCUGCCCGAUUCAUUCUGCAAAAGUCCUAUAUCCUGACAGCGACUGAUGCCACCUAAAGGACAAUCACCAGUACUGCAACCCUGCCACCCACUGCCGUACACAGACGU